AUGGAAUAUGGGCACCAGGACACCCAGAACUUCCUAGAAAUAGCUCUUCUUGACCAGGCUGGAGUGAAAUGGCGCAAUCUGGCUCACUGCAACCUCCGCCUCUCAUGUUCAAGCGAUUCUCCUGCCUCAGCCUCCCAAGUAGCUGGGAUUACAGGCACCCACCAUCACUUCUGGCUAAUUUUUCUAUUUUUAGUAGAGAUGGGGUUUCACCAUGUUGGCCAGGCUGGUCUGGAACUCCUGACCUCAGGUGACCCACCCGCCUCGGCCUCCCAAAGUGCUGGGAUUACAGGAAUGAGUUAUCGAACUCAGCCAAGUUCUGGUGUUUUACUGAACAGUAGGGUUGCCCUUAAUAAUAAGGCAUGAUAUAUUACAAAAUAACAUGAGGUGAGAGAGAUGCUAAGGACGCUGAUUUGAUCAGUAUACAACAUUUGUAUUAUGAAAACACCAAACUGUAACCCAGAAAUGUGUACAAUUACAAUGCGUAAAAUAAAAAAAGAAUCAUUUCCUGUAUUUAUUAUUACUGAAAUGGGCAAAAUAGCACCUUCCUAUUUACUACAUCACAGAAAUGACGGAAUAACUAAGGGAAUGUAAGUUAAGUAGGUGAGUUCCAGAGAACACAGUGUAAUUUUAUUUUUCUUUUUUCAGAUAAAGCAAUAGAACAACUUACUCAGCUUGAAGAGUACCUAUAUCAUAAUUUUCAAAGUUUGCAUUUGCAUUUCUUAUUUCAUCACUAAUUUCCAAAGUUACAACUCUUACCUUGAAAUCUUCCCAAGUUUUGCUCACUUAGCUACUGUCCGGCAUUCUCCUGAGGCAGAUUACCAUAGCAUCAUCCAGUCUAUCAACCUUUAAAACAGAAAGGUGAACCCUAAGAAUUUUGUGAUAAAGCUAAAAGCCAGUAGAGAGCACCAGGCCUUCUCUGGUUCUGAUGUAAUGAUUCUGAAAGACUGCCAUGACAAAAUACUUUUAUCUUGAAGAUUGUACGUGUUCUUUAUACUUAAAGAACCCGGAGUUUCUGAUCAUGCCAAUCAUUAGAUAGGUGGCCUCAGAAAAGUCUUUUAGCAUCCCUGGGCCUUAAUUUCCAUUUCUGUAAAAAGUCAGGGGUGCCUUAGAUCAUCUCCAAUUUCGUCUCCACUCUGAUUUCUCAUCCUAUGCUUCCUAGUUCAUUUCUUCAAAAUCGCAUGCCUCAAAUCAGGAAGAAAAUCUGGCGGAAGAGCAAGAAUUGUAUUAUUAUUUUCACCAGCUCACCCACCACCCUGUUUCUAUUAUUUUCACCAGCUCACCCACCACCCUGUUUCUAUGUUUCCAGGUAAGAGCCUUGAAGUUGCUUUUGGUUUUUCCCUUUUAUGUACUUUAGACAAAUUAUGACAUUAAUUAUAAAUACAGAAUACUUUCCAAGUUUUACCUAUUACUUCUGCAGAUACUUUGUCAUUUGAUUAGCACAACAGUUCAAACUGGUAAGUAUUAUUUUUAAUUUACUGAGGCAACUAAAGCCCAGGAAAGUUCAGUGAAUUAAUUGCCCAGAUUAACACAGAUAGCAGUUAUGGGAUAGGUCUUCUUCGUCUUCUUUUUUUUGUAAGACGGAGUCUCACUCUGUCACCCAGGCUGGAGUGCAGUGGUGCGAUCUUGGCUCACUGCAAUCUCCACCUUCUGGGUUCAAGAGAUUCUCUAGCUUCAGCCUCCCAAGUAGCUGGGAUAACAGGAGCAUGCCCCCAUGCCCUGCUAAAUUUUGCAUUUUUUAGUAGAGACGGGAUUUGGCCAUGCUGGCUAAGCUGGUCUUGAACUCCUGACCUCAGUGAUCCACCCUCCUUGGCCUCCAAGAGUGCUGGAAUUACAGUAUUGGCAGGGCUUUACCAUGUCCGGGCUGGUCUCCAACUCCUGGCCUCAAGUGAUUCACCUGCCUCAGCCUCCCAAAGUGCCGAAAUUAGAGGCUUGAACCACUGUGCUGGGC